AUGUUUCAAAAGCACUCACUCAAAUCAUUCUCAAAUCUUACAACCAAGAAGAAUUCCAAAUCAGUCGCCACGAUUCUAUGUGGUACCAAUUCAGUACCAACUGCUAGCGAAGGAUCCUUCCAAAUGAAGUUGCAUUCCAAGAGACAAUCAUCUCUGCCCUACUUUUGUAAAUAUUACAAUACAAAUCAUACCAAUACUGCAUCACCAGCAGUUGCACUCUCCACUACUCAUGGAGCUGCAUCUAAUGCGUUCCAUCAUGUUGAUUCAUUUACUUCAUACAAUACUCAUCAACACAAGCAACAGCAUCAACAACACGAUCAGAAUGUAGCUGAUUAUCAUCAGGCAAUGAAUAUUCUCAGAGAAUUGAAUCAAAUCCGACAUCAGAAUUAUGUGCUCAAUAAGCAAAUAAGUCACUUGCAGGAAUAUGUGCAUGUGAAGGAGUCCAAUACAAAUAAUUCAGCCAAUCUAAGCUCUUGGAUGGAUACAAAUCCAUUCAAAUUUGGAUUGUUGUGUGGAAGUGUUGUGUUUGUCUUAAUUGCCUUGAGAAUGGACUUGGAAAAGAAUAGAAAGAAAGUGAAGGAACUCAAGGAGGAGCUUUCUAAACUCUCCAUCAAGAGAAGAUAUGGUAACUAUUGA